GCACAGUAAGGAUUGGCCUAAAAGUUAUUUAAACUCCAAUGAUUUGAUUGGUGUGGAUACAAUUUACAGCGAGUUUGUGUACAGUGUCGGUAGUCAGUCAUGUCUAAAGGGAUGCAGUUUCUUGGGACCACACUGGGCUCUCUUGGCUGGUUGGGCAUCAUAAUAGCCUGUGCACUCCCGCUAUGGCGUGUAACCGCUUUUAUUGGAAACAACAUAGUGACUGCGCAGAUUAUGUGGGAGGGACUGUGGAUGAGCUGUGUGGUGCAGAGCACUGGCCAAAUGCAGUGUAAAGUGUAUGACUCCAUGCUGGCUCUUUCCCAAGACCUACAGGCCUCUCGAGCUAUCCUUAUCAUUGCUGCCCUAGUUGGUUUAGUAGCCAUAUUUGCCAGUUUUGCAGGUGGUAAAUGUACUAACUGCUUGGAAGACAGUUUUGCAAAGUCUCGGGUUGCCACAGCAGGAGGAGUUUUCUUCAUUGCUGCAGGUGUCUUGGGUUUGGUGCCGUCUAGUUGGACUGCCCAUAGGAUCAUUGGAGAUUUUUACAAUCCACUUGUAGCUCAGGCUCAGAAGAGGGAGUUGGGAGCAGCCAUCUUCAUUUGCUGGGGGGCGGCGGUUCUCAUGUUGAUUGGUGGCGGACUUCUCUGCAGCUCCUGCGCCAGUGGAAAAGGCUCAGGUCGGGGUCGAUAUAAACCAGCAUCUCAAAAUGGAAGGGAACGAUUGGAGUACGUGUGAGCAAGAUGCUUAGGACUUAACUUAAGUGUGCUUGUUUUAAGUUUUUUUUUUUUUAUGUUUGAAUACUGUAUGUAAAUUAUUUUUGUCCUGUUGUUAAUUGCCUUCAGGUGUGCAAAUAAAAUGCUAUUUU